GUCCAAACUCCAUUGGAAGGGUGGUGAGAAUGUGGAGCUGAAGGCGAAAGCUUUCGUGAGUGGUGUAGUCAUUCAGUGGCUGGCUGUUUUCAUGGAAGAAUCCCGGUCCAAAGAGAGCGCUGAGCAAGCUGAACGGAACGACCUUAUGCGAACAUUGGUGUAUGUGUGUGACAAACUUUUUGCGUACAUGCAUGCACUUCGGAAAGAGGGUGUGGUGGUGCUCAAUGAAAAGCAAGCAGAGCAAAUCUCUGUAAUGGGUGAGGCGGUGAUUCGCUUAUACUUGGUGCUGGCGUCUGGUGAUUGGAGCAG